AUGCGGGGAGCUUCUGCCUCAGUCUUUUCUGACCAUAGAUUGGUGCGUAGUAAGCUUUCACUUUCUGUCAAGAAAACUGUUUCUCACCAGUCUUGCCAGAGAUUUAGAAAAUUGAAUGUCAGUCAGCUAAAUGAUCCCUCUACCAGUCUUCGGCUGAAAAACGAACUCACCACAAAGCUGCAAGAAUUGUAUAUUCCAUCUUAUGAUUCAGCCAGCAACCUGGAUGCAUUAUGGUCAAGUUUACACUCAGUUGUUCACAACGGUUCUUAUGAACUACUUGGCAAGCCUAAUAGGAAGCACCAGGAUUGGUUUGAUCAAAAUGACACUGUCAUCAGCCAUCUCCUUGAUGAUAUGCAUCGCUUGCAUCAUGUCUGGUUAUCAGAUAAACGCAAUCAAAGCACUGCUGAUGCCUACCAUCAUGCAAGAAAAGCAGCAAGAGCUAGGCUCUCUGUGAUGAAGAACAAAUGGUGGUUACAGAAGGCAGAACAGCUUCAGUUAGCUGCUGACCAGCAUAACUCUAGUGGCUUCUAUCAAGGCCUAAAAGAGGUGUUUGUGCCAAGUGUAAAGACAAUCGCACCUCUGCAAUCUGUUGACAACUCCAGGCUUCUCUAUGGACGACGAGAAAUUUUGACUCGUUGGGGUCAGCAUUUUGCAAGCAUCUUGAAUCAUCCAACAUUUAUUUCACAAGAAGCUAUUGACAGCAUUGAUGAACAGCCUGAUCUAGUUGUAGCUUGUGAACCACCAUCUAACAAUGAGAUAAAUAAAGCUAUCAGGAAAAUGUCAAGGAAUAGAUCUCCUGGUGCUGAUGGCCUACCUGCUGAAAUUUUUCAACAUGGAGGAGAACUGCUGUUGUUCAAACUAGGUGAUUUCAUUCGUCUAUGCUGGGAACUCGAAGAUGUAACCCAGAACUUUAAAGAUGCCAACAUAAUCCAUCUAUACAAGAAAAAAGGUAGUCAAUCUGACUGCAACAAUCACAGUGGGAUCUCUUUGUUGUCUGUUGCUGGCCAAAUUAUGGCCAGAGUUCUUCUUGAUCGUCUUGUCUCAAACUUUUCAGAGAGUAUCCUUCCUGAAAGCCAAUGUGGUUUUCGUUCUGGUCGUGGUACGUCCGACAUGAUCUUUUCAGCCAGGCAGCUUCAAGAAAAGUGUCGUGAACAGCACAUGGAUCUAUUUAUGGUCUUUAUUGACUUGGUCAAAGCGUUUGACUCGGUUAAUAGAACUGGCUUAUGGAAAGUCCUUUGA